AUGACUACUCGGCUAGACCGUCUUUUGCUUCUCUUGGACACUGGAUCAACACCUUCUGUCCGUGUCACUGCUGCUCGUCAGCUUGGUCAAAUUGCGGCUCAGACUAUUCAACAUGCUUCUGCUCUUGCCGCCACUUCCGCUCCUUCCGCCACCUCGAUCAAUAUUCCUGACUGGAGAGGAAUCGAUGGCGAAUGGAAUGAAAUCGUCAAUCUCCUAAGUCGUGUCCUGCCCUACUUGCGUUCGAAGAAUUGGGAAACUCGACUGGCUGCUGGGGAGGCCGUCGAGUCCAUUGCGAAAGCCGUCGGUGUCUGGGAUCCAUCCGUCAGUGAAACUGAUACUUCCGAUCAGCUUCAAUCACCUGUGGACUCCAAACCUACCAACCUGGUCACUCCAGAUGCCAAGAGCGCCACCAAUCGUGUUGGCCUUAGGUUCGACACCUUUGAUCUUGAUGCCGUGCUACGCGAAGGUACCAUUCUACUCUCGUCAGCUGGCAAGGAGUUUGAUUACCGAUCAUCUCAUCCACGUUCCCAUGAGACCUUGAUGGCCGCCAAACGCGACGUUGCCAGCAAGCUAGGCCUUGGUCUAGGCUGUUUCGGAGGUCUCGAUAUGGACUCAGUUGGCAUGGAUGUCAAUAAAGAACUCGAAGACAGUACCAAUGGUUCAACUCUCGUCCAAUCCCCUGUCGCUGUUUCGCACUCUCCCCCACCGACGGACGCUGAUGAGCGUUCCCCGCUCCAUCCUUCAGUUUCGGUUCCGCCCACCUCCCAACUGCCUUUCAGCAACCCAUUGAAUUCUGAAAGGCCUUGCACACACCCAGAUACUCAUGGACAGCAGUAUAUCUCGACUCAUAGCCCGUCUUUCACUGACGAGGAUGCGUUGACGACCCAAUCCACUCCUACCACCACACUCAUUCCCCUUCCAGCAACUGCUACUCCUUCUGCGGAGACUUCCGAACCUAACUUGGAAGGACUAUCGGCUAGGGAGCGGAACGCGAUGAAACGAAAACGUAAGGCAUUUGGAAAGGGCAAUGUCUCUGCGGCCUCUUCCGGCUCUAUCUCAAGUGCUCUUCCCGCGUUUACAAAUAACACCUCAUCUACCCUGCAAAAUGGCGCGAUACCAACUUCCGGACCUGCCAAGUUACGCAUCAUCGAACAAGCGGGGUCAUUACCGGGCGAAAGUCCCUCUCGGAUUGCUGUACCAGCCCUGCCUCUCACCAACACAGAACUCCAAGCCGAUCACCCCUCAUCAACUUUACCUUCGAUUGAGCUCUCCAAGGAGAAUGUGGUUAUCAUCGAUCCCGGUGCCAAGGCCAAAGCUCGAGCAGCUGCCGAAUCUGCUAAACAAGCGGGCGGGGGAGAGGUCAACACACCAGCCAGUACAAUGCAAUCCGAUCAUCGACUUCAGUACAUCGAGGGCGAAUGGCCCUUUUCAUCCUUUGUAGAGGUCCUGAUGAUCGAUAUGUUUUCUUCUCAAUGGGAAUUUCGUCAUGGUGCUGCCUUGGGUCUCAUCCCACUUCUCAAGAUUCAAGGCUUUGGUGCUGGUAAACAUGUUGGAGUAACUCGUGCCCUCAACCAUCACCAUCACCAAGUUUGGAUGGAAGACCUUGGUCUUCGGUUGAUCUGUAUGUUAUGCCUGGAUCGAUUUGGCGACUAUGUGGGGGAUCAAGUGGUGGCGCCUGUGAGGGAGACCGGUGCUCAAGGCAUCAGCUUAGUCGCGAAAUGGCUGGAUCGAGACCGUCUCGAAAGAAUCUUGGAAGUGCUCAGUGGUAUGGUUGAGCAGAAGAAUGCGAAAUCACCGGGUCAAAGAGGAUAUGUGUGGCAAGUGCGCCAUGCCGGCCUCAUCGGAAUGAAAUAUUUGAUUGCCGUCAAGAUCAACGACUUGCGUGACAACUUUAAGCUCGACUUUAUGGGGCCAACUCAAGCAGCUUGCCUCAAGAGUGAUGACGAAGAAUCAAAACCCGUGCUAACAAGAAACCCUGAAGAUCCAGAUGAGACGAUCAUGAAGUUGGACGACCCUUCAUCCGAUCAAGUCAUCGCCGAUCCACCUGUUUCUACCAGUCAACAAGCUUCCAGUCCCCCUGCGUUCCCAAACCUACUUUCGAUCAUCACAAAGUCUUCAUUGAUCGGACUGAGAGACCACGAUGAUGAUGUCCGAGCUGCUGCCUCCGGAGCCCUUCUACCUGUCACGGAUUUGAUCGUUAAAGGGCUUCCGACCAUGCUGGCCGAACUAUUGGAUGUCUUGUGGGACGCGCUUGGAAGUUCCAAAGAUGAUUUAUCAAGCUCUGUCGGUAACAUCAUGGAUCUUCUAGCCAAUCUGAUCACCUACCCUAGUGUGCUGACUCAAUUGUCCAGUUUCGCCGGCCGGAGUCUACCUACGCUUAUUCCCCGGCUCUUCCCCUUCUUCCGCCACACCAUAUCCAGCGUUCGAUUAUCCGUUGUCAAAGCGCUUGCUGUUUUCCUUCGCAUGCCCGAUCUCGACCUUGGAUCUUGGAUUGAUGAGAAGGUUUUAUGCCUCAUGUAUCAAAAUAUGCUAGUCGAGGAGCGCCCCGACAUCCGGUCUCUUUCAAAUCAGCUUUGGAAUGCUAUGAUCGACGAGUUGGUCGAGAAGCCAGAAACGACUCAGAUGUUGAUAGAAAUUGUUCGUUUGCAUAUUGCCGGAUGGUUUCAACUCGUCACAACACCGCGCACCAAAAAACUAGACGCUACCCUUUUCUUUACCGCGAUUCCCAACUCGAAAUAUACGGCAGCUCAAGACUUACACCUGAUUCACAACGUCGACAAAUCGAUCAUGGCACAAGAUCUAUCCCUCGUCUCGAUCGAUGACAUCAUGCGCGGUCGGUUGGCUGCUGCGAAAGCUUUGGGCCAUCUGAUGUCAAAGCUCACUCGACUAGAUCAACUCCAGCUGUUUACUGAAGCAAUACUGACGGCAUUGGACUCGGAAUUCGCUCUGCCUCGGAUGAUCUCAGCCAUCAUGUUGGAGGAUUGGGCGUUGGACUACGCUCAUGCACCCUCUGGCGAAGUUUCAGAAGUUAACCUGGGACAAAUCGAAGCCAUACAGCCCAUAUCUAACAAGCUGCGUUCUUCGACACUUUUCACUGGGCCUAGUAUCACUUACGCCGAAUUGGAAUCAUAUCUAGCAGGUAUCAAGAAAGACUCUGAAGGACUCUUUGCUACGUUUGCCAGUCUGGGAAAAGUACCAGCCGAGAAGAUCCCUAAAUUACCUGCCUGCGAUUUCACUAUCGAGUCGGCGCUGAAGGUGGUGAAUCAAGACUACCCUGCCCUCAUACCACUCGUGGGUCGAGGCUCCAAGAAGAUGGCGAUUGCUAGCUUGGAAGACAGGCGCAGGAAAUUACAGGAUGUCAUCGGCAUGUAUGAAAAAGAUCGGGUGAUCUUCGAUACUCAAUUGGACGCAACUGUCGCUUCAGCCGUUGUGGCUCUAAGAGAGAUUCCAGGCAAAAUAUCGCCGUUGAUCAAAGGUUUGACACAAAGUAUCAAGAACGAGACGAUUAUCGAUUUGCAGACUAGAUCAGCGAACGCCCUAGCGUCCUUUGUAGACAUCUGCACCUCUCCCAAUUCACCUGUCAAGAACGAUCCUACGGACAAGAUCAUCGGUAACCUAUCAACCUACCUUUGUCAAGACGAGUCUCAAACACCGACGUUUGUCAAGGGCAAAGCGAGCAAGCGCGGGAUCUUUCUAGCCCAGGACAACGGUAUACGACCUUCGACAGGUGCCAGUGACAGCGGGCUGACUUCCGAAGCAUCAUCAGAUGAGGCUAGCUCUCAAGCCAAACUGUUGAGACGUGGUGCUGAACUAGCACUAUCGUCACUGGCUGCAAAAUUCGGGGAUGAUCUAAUUGAUCGAAUUCCAAAGUUAUGGAACUGUAUGUCUGAACCUCUUUUGACGCUGUUCAACACCGGUGAUGUGGAAGCGGCAGAUCAGCGAAUGGAGAACGAGCCCGCCCAACCCAAAUUAGGACAGGACCUACUCGAUUGUCUUACCGUCUUACCGGCUGUCGCCAGCAGUCUACCACUCUCCUCUCAUCCCCGUUUGGCGACUCUCUUCGCUCCAUUGUGUCAAGCUACUAGAAGCAAAUUUUCAGUCGUUCGGUAUUCCGCUGUCAAAUGUUAUGCUGCACUAUGCAGCUUUCUGCCUGAUGAAGGUCUUCAUGAGGUCGUUACUCGUGUUCUGCCCUUGAUUGCCGAUCCCCUCAACCUUGCUCAUCGGCGGGGUGCGAUUGAGAUGGUGUCAAGAUUGGUCGAGGUUUUAAAUAUCAAGAUCCUGGCAUACAUCAUCUUCCUCAUUGUCCCAGUUCUAGGCAGGAUGAGCGAUACUGAUGACGACGUUCGAUACGUGGCUACACACACGUUUGCUUGCCUGAUCAAGCUCAUGCCACUCGAACUCGGUGUCCCAGACCCACCGGGAUUUUCACAAGAGAUGCUCGAAAAGCGGCAAUCGGAACGCACUUUCUUGUCUCAAUUGUUGGGAGGUAGCAAGAUUGAACAAUACGAAAUUCCUGUAGACAUCAAGGCUGACCUAAGAAAAUAUCAACGAGAAGGCAUCAGUUGGUUGGCGUUUUUAGCAAAAUAUCAAUUGCACGGGGUACUUUGUGAUGAUAUGGGUCUGGGAAAGACACUUCAAUCGAUAUGUAUCCUCGCUAGCAAACACCACGAACGAGCGGAGCUACACAAACAAACCAAAUCGCUAGACACCGUCCACCUACCCUCCUUGGUCGUCUGCCCGCCUACUCUGACUGGACAUUGGGCACAUGAAAUCAAAACGUACGCUUCGAAACUUAAACCGUUGCUCUAUGUCGGUGGGCCACAAGAGCGAUCAUCCUUGGUCAAAAAGAUCAAGAAACAUGAUGUGGUCAUCAUGUCCUACGAUAUCGUGCGAAAUGAUAUCGAACAACUGUCAAAAGUCUCUUGGAAUUAUUGUAUUCUUGACGAAGGCCACAUCAUCAAGAACGCAAAGUCAAAACUUUCCAAAGCCGUGAAGAUGUUAAAGGCUAAUCAUCGACUAAUCCUCUCAGGCACUCCGAUCCAGAACAAUGCCCUCGAACUAUGGAGUUUGUUUGAUUUCUUGAUGCCUGGGUUUUUGGGUACGGAGAAAUACUUCAACGAGCGAUUCGGUCGACCGAUCAGUAUGAGUCGAGAUGCUAAGAGCUCGACCAAGGAACAGGAGGCAGGUGCGUUGGCGUUAGAGGCCUUGCACAAACAAGUCUUGCCUUUCUUGUUGAGACGUUUGAAAGAGGAUGUGUUGGAUGACCUACCGCCGAAGAUCAUUCAAGACUAUUAUUGUGAAUUGUCUGCAUUACAAAAGCAACUAUACGAAGACUUUUCGAAAUCGCGAGCAAAGGACGAAGCAGAAGGCCUAGUCAAGAAAUCGAAGAAUGCAGCCAACGGACAAGAUCCAUCUUCACAACACGUCUUCCAAGCAUUACAGUACCUCAAGAAAUUGGUCAAUCAUCCCGCCAUGGUUAUUCGACCUGAAGUGCCUCAGCAUCAGGCCAUCAUCAACAAACUCGGAUCGAAAGGAUAUCGUGAUAUCAGCCACGCUCCUAAACUUUUGGCUCUUCGUCAAAUUCUCAGAGACUGUGGAAUCGGUCUGACCACUGCGACGACUCUCAUUGAAACUGUUACUGAAGAUGGCGCAGGAACGACGACGAGUGGCGGCACCAUUCCUCAGCAUCGGGUACUGAUCUUUUGUCAAAUGAGGGAGAUGCUGGAUAUCAUCGAGCACGAUUUGUUCAAAAAUCAUAUGCCCACGGUCACCUUUAUGCGUAUGGAUGGUACUACAGAGGCAUCUAAACGACAUGAUAUAGUUCAAACUUUCAAUGCUGACCCAAGUAUUGAUUGUUUACUGUUGACCACCCAUGUCGGUGGUCUUGGGCUCAACUUGACCGGAGCUGAUACGGUGAUCUUUGUGGAACAUGAUUGGAACCCGAUGAAAGAUUUACAGGCCAUGGACAGAGCGCAUCGAUUGGGUCAGAAGAAAGUUGUCAAUGUUUACCGAUUGAUUACUAGGGCGACUUUGGAAGAGAAGAUCAUGGGCCUUCAACGAUUCAAGCUUAAUAUUGCCACUUCGAUUGUUAAUCAACAAAACUCGAAUUUGGCUUCAUUAGAUACUGAUCAAAUCCUUGAUCUCUUUGCGAUUUCUGAAUCAAAACCUGAAUCGACGAUCACCUCAACAACUAACAAUAGUACUGGGCUUGAAGGAAGUGGAUUGAAGAAGAACUUACUCGAUGGUCUUGAAGCACUACCACCUGAGAGCGAGUAUGAAUCACUUGAUCCGGCUAAAUUUGUAGCCUCAUUAUGAGAGCUCUGAACAAGAGAUGAAGUAGACUAAAAAAACUAGUUUGAAAAAUUCUGCUUGUUAAAACAAUCUUUAAAAAACGUUGUUUUCGAAAGUCUAAUUCCAUUAUCAAGAGAGAGAGAAAGAUAGAGUGGUUGUAAACUUUUCUAUUUCGACUGUUCUGUUUUUGAUUUUAAAAUUAUUUACAUGGAUUUUGUUUGAUAUAUAUCUAAUCAAAGUUUUUUUAAAAAAUGAGAUCCGUUUAAAUAUCUAAAUGGAUUUUCUAUAAAUGAACUUUUGAAUGAUAUAUAAAUCUAAACAGAUAUUAUAUAUAAUAACGGGUGUUGUAACUUUAAGAGAGUUUUGAUGAUAGAACAAGAGCGUUGCUAAACUUUUCAAGCUUGCUGCAGUGU